ACUACAUAAUAUAUCUAUGUACCCAAACUAAAAAAAAACUUUUUAAAAGGUGCGUUUUCUUACCAAAUAAGACAAAUAAAUUAGGUAAUAAAGAUGAUAUCCUUGGUCAAGAAGAUAAUAUUUAUUUGUUUAAGUGUAUUAGUGACAUCAGGGACUACUGGUGUAAGUAAAGAUGUGAUAGGUUUUCCGGAGUAUGAAGAGAAUCCAUUAUUAAUUAAUAAGCAGGAUCGCAAACCCGUAUUCUUGCCAGCAAAGUGUCCGGAAAACGAGUUGUAUUAUCCUGGCGAUCAGACCGAUGACUGGAUUUGUGAUUGUCGUCCGGGAUUCCUAUUUCACCCGGACACAGAUAAGUGUUGGCUAGCUUACGAAAGGGGAGCGUGUCCAGAAGAACAGUAUUUAGUUUUGCCUAAAGACUCUAUGAUACCCAUAUGCGUCCCAAAUCCCUGCAGAACUGACUCUAUGGUGCUAUGGAACGGACAGUGCCAGAAACUUGGUUCAAGCGUCUGCGGAAAUACAUUCCCAGCUAAAGUCCUAUGGGUGAAUGCAACGACAUCUACAGUGGAUUGCGUUAUAGUGUACCUAAAUAAUAGAUUUUCUAUUGAUGUGGAAUUUGAAACCAAUAUAACCUGUCCUCUAGGGUGCAGACGCAAUGUCCAAAACAAAUGUACGCCCGACAGAGUACUAUAAUUUGUUUAUUUUUUUUUUAUUUCAUGCUUCAUGUUACAAAGUGGAAAAACAGUAUUGAAGCGAUCAGAUGAGUAAUCAAUAUAUUUUUUUUUAAAGUAAGUAUAUUUUUGUAAUUAAAUAACG